AUCGCCGAUAGCAGAAACCCAGCAGUACCAGUUCACUCGCGUCCAUAUCCAACACCACAACAUAUCCUUGACAUAUCAAUAAUUCCUUUGUGAAGUAGUAUCACCCUGAUUAUCACGUGUUUUCCAAACCACAAGUCACAGUCUAGUAUCGUUUAAGUGUAGCUAGAAUUCUUAGUAUUAUUUUAUCUGUGCCACAUACACAGAUAAACGCUCUCAAUUAUUUUCUAAGGCUAAGGAUUCCUUCCUCCAAACAUCUGGAUCAUUAGUGAAAAAUUGUGGCACUCUCAAGGCUUUAAGGCUCAGGGAUUCGUUCCUCCAAACAUCUGGAUCAUUAGUGAAAAAUUGUGGCACAUACGAAGAUAACAUUUUCCUAGCGUCAAGGCUCGGGGUUCGUUCCUCCACACAUUCUGAUCUUUAGUGAACAAUUGUGGCACAUAUACGCAAGGUUCUAACGAGGGCUCAAAGGCGCAGGGUUCGUUUCUCCAAACAAGUGAAAGAUUGUGCCACACACGAAGAUAACACUCUCCCAGCUCCAAGGCUCUGGGUUCGUCCCUCCAAACAUCUGGAUCAUUAGUGAACAAUUGUGGCACAUACGAAGAUACCUCUCCUAGCUCCAAGGCUUAGGGUUUAUUUCACUAAACAUCCUGAUCGCACUAGUGUAAAAUUGUGACACCUACGCAGAUAAGGCUCUAAGGCUAAGGAAUCAUCCAUCUAAUCCUCCGGAGCUUUAGAGAAAACUUGUGACAAAUACGCAUUAAACGAUCUGGUACCUAACUUUGCUCCGGAGGUCUGGACCAUUAGUGAAAGAUUGUGGCACAUAUACAGUAGAUAACGCUCUGGAGGCUCAGAGGGUUCGUUUCUCCAAUAAUUCAGCAUCACAACUAGUGAAAACUCCUCACUUCUGAUGCUUUUCCUCGCUUUGUGAGAUGUGCCUAGAUGCCACAAGGCGCUUCGGAAAAGUUCCUAGCAACCAGCAACAUCUACCCCCUGUUGCCUAGCAACUCGCAGAUAGUGCUCCAGGAUGACUUAGGGCUGGCAAAUCCCAUUGACGUCACUGACGUUGCCGUCAUUCCUCACAGGGAGCUGGUCAAUCUCGAGAAUGCCGCUGUCAACAUUGACAAUUCGACUGACGUCAUCAUCGGGCCGGUGACGCAGUUCAACGUCAACGGGAAUGUCAUCAUCAGGCAGCACGAGAACGGGGGGAGAUUGGGGUUGGGGUUGGGGUUGGACCAUGACGAGGAGAAGAAGAAUGGAGGAGUAGUGGAGGGUUCAGCUGGAGCAGCCAAACUGUCACCAUCACCAACCCAAACCCACCGCACCAAAGAAGACCCCGACCUAGAAUGGAAGAGAAAACUAGUAAAAAUCCUCCUGUUCCUAGCACUUGGCCUAGUCGCCAUGCUAACCACCGCGAUACUCGUGGCAAUCUUCUUCCACCCCAACGACAGCCAGUUCGAAACAGACCCCCCCACCACCUCCCAAAUCCCCCUCAAGAGAGGCCACCAGGUCUUCGUGAGGCUGGACUGGAAUGCCAGACCCCCCAAGUACCGCCUGCUAGUCCAAAAACCCCUCAAGAUGGUAGUAAUCAAGCACACAGGAGGAAGAACCUGCGAUCAAUUCCGAACUUGCUCCAAAGUCAUCCAGACCCUGCAGAGCCAAGACGCUGCCAUGGGGAAUCCUGAUAUUUACUGCAACUUCCUGAUCGGAGGAGAUGGCAACGUGUACGAGGGUAGAGGGUGGGGGGUGCAGAACGAGUACCUCAACGACACAGUGGACAUUGUCUUGAUGGGUACCUACGACAUCGACGUGCCCAGUGCUUAUAUGCUGGACGCUGCUCUGGCUCUAAUGGACGACGGCGAGACGAGGAAGUACUUGAGCGAGGAUUAUAGAGUGGUUUGCCACAAUCAGACUUACAAUACCUUGAGUCCUGGCUCUAAUGUGUUCAAGGAGGUGAAGAAGUGGCAGCGGUACGAUCCUGGGAUGUACUUUGAGAAGACAUUGCUCCGCAAGCGCAAAACCAUCGUCCACCUCGUCCUCUGGCUAACCCUAGCCGCCCUUCUGUUCACCGCCACCACCGUCACCCUACUGCUGACCCUCAAAACCGACCCACCCCCUGACGUCAUACCACCCCCUGCACCAAGACCCAUCUCCAACGACCAAACCUACCAGUUCUACAGGAGGGAAGACUGGGGAGCGCGCAAAGCAAAAUGGCGGACCAACAUCACCAAACCUGUUGAUCUAGUGGUGAUAAAGCACACUGGGGGAAAGACCUGCGACAGCUUCCAAGCAUGCGCUCCCUUGCUGCAAACCCUGCAGAGCCUCAGCGUUCAGAGGGGUAACCCGGACAUCUACUGCAGCUUCCUCAUUGGCCUCGAUGGGGACGUAUACGAGGGUAGAGGUUGGGGAGUGCAGCCCCAGGAGAGGAACGACACUUAUGACAUCGUGUUCACUGGGUCUUUCGAUAUCGACGAGCCUGAGAAGAGGAUGUUUGGGGCUGUGCAGGCUCUGCUGCAGGACGGGGUGAGAAGGGGGUUUCUCAGCGAGGGGUUCAAGGUGGUUUGCCACAGCCAGACGAUGAAUACUAUUAGUCCGGGGGUGCAUGUUUGUGGGGAGGUGAGGAAGUGGCCGCAUUACGAUCCAGGAAUGUAUUUUCCUAAUGUUCUGAUGAACACACCAUGUAGUACAGAUAAAACACACAAGCGCUAUUGCUACAUACACGAACCUAUAUCCAGAGAACCUGACCCAAAAACCACCAAUAAAAAAAUCAAAUACACAACCUGGAUGAGCCUCGGACUAGUCCUCAUCGUAGUACCCACCGUGAUCGUCAAACUGCAACCGAUCCAGUCAACACAAACCGAACCCCCCACCAUAAUCAGCCCCACCCCAGCCUGCAUGAAGUGCCAACAGAAAUACAUCACCAGACAAACCUGGCAUGGAAGCCCACCGAAGAGCCAGAAAAUCCAAAGCGAACCUGCCAAACUGGUCAUCUUGAAGCACACUGCUGGAUUGUUCUGCACGACCACGAAAGACUGCUCCACGCUGACCAGGAACAUCCAGGACUACCAUUUCUUUCUAGGAGCCCCAGAUAUCUGGUACAACUUCCUGAUAGGAGGAGAUGGUAGGAUUUAUGUAGGAAGAGGCUUCGGGGUGCAGAACCAGUUCACCAACGACACUCUGGAUAUAGCUAUCCAUGGCAAUUUCAGCUACGACGAAUUCUUUCCAGAUAUGAUACAAGCAACCAGGAGUUUGAUAGAACAGGGAUUGCUUUUAGGGCACUUAGCCAAGGACUAUAGAGUGGUGUGUCACAACCAAACUAUGUUGAAGACUUCGAGUCCCGUCCUCAAUGUCAAACCAAACCACCCAAGGAUAUUCCUGACUCUACUCGACCACAUCAGGAAAGAAAAAACCCGAAUCGCUCUCAUAGUUGUCUUCGUCAUCAUCACUAUAGCCGCUAUCUCGACCUACUUGACCCUAUCCAGUCACCCAGAGGAAUGCUCCGAGAAGAACAACUGCAAAAAAGGAGACCACGACCACUGGGAGGCAGACCAAGUGGGCAACUACAGCAUCUACAGCAAGAAGCAGUGGGGUGGGGCAGAGCCUAAGUCCGUCAGACCUCUACCACUCCCUAUAGGCUUGGUCAUCAUCAGCCACAGUGUCACCAGUGCUUGCGACAACUUCGAUUCUUGUUCGCGAAUCGUCAGAGGUAUACAAAAAGAUCAUUUCGAUAUAAAUCUGAGUGACGUAUGCUACAACUUCCUGAUUGGGGGUGAUGGGAGCAUUUUCGAAGGUAGAGGCUGGGAGACCAGAAACUGUCAUUCCAAGUUGAGCAUUGGCAUCAAUUUCAUUGGAGACUUCACCAAAAUGAUGCUCAAUGCCAGUGCUAUAGAGAGUAUUCGAAAGCUUCUGGAUAAAGGGGUGAAACUAGUGAAGAUUGCUGAGGAUUACAUUCUCAUUGGGCACAAUCAGACCAUGCAGACGCUUAGUCCGGGAGUGUUUGCUUACGAAGUGAUCAAGCGCUUUUCACAUUUCGACGAUAUUGACCUCAGGAGGAGUUGAUGUGUAUACAAAACUAUGGACUCUAUAGUGUUUCUAUUGUGAAAUGGACAGAUAUGUGUAUUGACAUUGGACUUGCAAAUAUACGAGUAUAUUUUUGGUACUAUACUAUGGCUGAUGAUUCCGUUUUCGAAAUAAUCUGGAGGAAUAACAAAGAUAAAAUUUGAUUGGACAUAUUUUUGAAACAAAAAAUCACACAAGUAGAUGUCUACGUUGAUUAAUCAUUAGGUUCAGAAUUAAAGAAGACCGAGCUGGUUUGACCCCAACUGCACUAGAAAUAUGAACAGCCAAUGUCCAGCAUUUUUGCUUCAACUCCAAAGAAAUGCUGUAAUCCCGAUUGAGAGGAACCAAGCUGAAAACAACGUGGUUCCAUCUCCUUCUCACCACCAUAGACCAACACAGAAGACUGGUUCGCAAUGCCAUGAUCAUAGCAACUAUCCUCCUAGUCACCAUAGCGAUCACAUUAACAGUGGUUAGAAAGCUGCUGCACCAGCUAAAAGACUACGAAGAAGCCCACUACGGAGACCAACUAGGCAACCACACGGUCUUCUACAGAAAACAAUGGGGCGGUUCUCCCCCCAAGCUUCCAGGGGUGAAGCUGCGACAACCAGCACCGUUGGUCGUCAUCUCUCAUAGCCAGACUAGACCUUGUGACGAUUUGAAGAGUUGCUCGGAGAAAAUGCAGUACCUGCAGAAGUUUCACCAACAUUACUCCAAGACUCCAGACAUAGGUUACAACUUCGCCAUAGGGGGUGACUCGAACGUUUACGUGGGUAGGGGUUGGGAUAUCGAGAAUAUGCACAGGAAAAACAGCAUAGGGAUCGACUUUAUCGGUGACUAUGAGUACGAUAACGUUACUGGUGCGAUGAUCGAUGCAGUGCAGCUUCUGGUGUUGCAAGGGUUGCAGUUAAAGAAGAUCGCCGAGGAGUACAUUUUGGUGGGAGAGAACCAGACCAAUCCUAAGAUGUUUCUCAGCCCAGGGGAGCACGUUUAUGGUCUCAUCAAGGGUUGGCCGCGUUUUUAUAAUAAAACCGUGUUUUAGAUUGAGGUUCGUCUAGGAAUGGGCGAGUGGAAUAAUAAUACGAGUUAUUGGUAUUGAAUUACUCCACUACGCCGUUAGGGACCUGAAUCAAUUUCUGCAACACUUCUCGCCCAUUUUUAGGUAAAUAUAUAAUGAGUCUAUUGCGUUGUUCGAAAUUGUUUAAUUUCAGAGCUCAUUUCAAACGUAUCGUCAUGACCGCCAUUUGGCGGCGAUACGUCGAAUAAAUGGUGACGUCA